AUGGCGGCCGCGGCUCAGGCGCUGAGCUGCUCGGGGCUGCUGCUGGCCGCCGCCGCCCUGGCCCUGCUGACCGUGGCCAUCGGCACCGACUCCUGGUAUGAGACCGACGCACGGCGACACCGGGAACGCUGCCGGGGUUUCGGCCACAAGCGCAACGCCAAUAGCAACGACCCGCCGGGUUCCAUGUCAGCGCCCAGCCCGCAUCUUCCACUCCGCGCCCGACCGCCUCGGGCCCUGGUAGCCGGCCAGACUCCGCCAUCGGCUCGGCUCCCGGUUGCUGCGGCUGCCUUGGAAUCGCAGUGCGGCCGCCGCUUCAACUCCACCGUCUCCGGCUUGUGGCGGCGCUGUCACCGCGCAGGCUUCGAACCCGAGAGCGAGGAGCUUAUCCGGAAAGGAGUCAUUCAACGAUGCACAGCUGUGAAAUAUCAUUAUACAUCAUCUUCCCUGCCACGCAACUUGCCUAUUAAUGUUACCAAUACUAUCCGCCAGGAUGAAUGGCAUGCUCUCCACCUGCGGAGAAUGACAGCUGGCUUCAUUGGUAUGGCGGUGUCCAUAAUCCUCUUUGGAUGGAUCAUUGGCAUGCUGGGUUGCUGUCAACAGCAUGAACUCAUGCAAUAUGUAGCUGGACUGCUCUUCCUUAUGGGAGGGACAUGCUGCAUCAUUUCCCUUUGCACGUGCGUGGCAGGGAUAAAUUUUGAGUUGUCUCGCUACCCUCGGUACGUUUACGGAUUACCAGAGGACAUCAGCCAUGGCUAUGGCUGGUCCAUGUUCUGUGCUUGGGGCGGCCUGGGACUGACGCUGCUGGCCGGAUUCUUAUGCACCCUCGCUCCCUCCCUCAACACCCCUCGGACUGUUGUACAUAAACCCAGACAGGAAAAUGGAGCUGUGUGAUGUGGAGAAUACCAGGGAGUCUUAUUAGCCCACCGCCCGUUACCAGAACACAGUGUGGACAUUUUGAGAUCUGCAAACCAGGUUGGAACUAAGGGGUUCUAUUGCUUUGGCAAAGUCCUGGAGGAAUGCCAGCCCGUGAUUCUUCUGUCUGCCUGUUUCUGAUUCACAUCAACCGUCUGGGUUAAUUCUUAGUCCUGUUUUUUCUACGAGGCAGUUUUCUGUUAAAUAGGCUUGUGGUGCUAUAAGACCUGUUGAUCGUUUAAACGGCGUCAGCUUUUUCUUAGGAGCAGAAGCCAGUGUGAAUUGUUUGAUGCCAAGGAGUUUUAUUUCCAAGAACUGGAAGGUCAAUUAGAAGGGAAAGCCAAGGGGAAAAAAAUCUCCCAGUCUCAGAACUGAUUCUCUUUUGAGCAGAGACCCAAUGCUGGAAUUGGCCCAUUACCCUGAAGAAAUCCUUGGUCCAGAUGAAGGCUUUAAACAUUCAAGAGGGAAAUAUUCUCAAUCCAGGCUGUUCAGUAUCUGUAUCUUGUUAGUUCUGCAAGUCAAAUAUGCAUUAAGUACCUUGGAGCAAAGUGCGUAUUAGACCUUCAGAUGCUCAAAGAAUAUUUCCACAAGGGGGCAAGUUGCAAUGAUGUAAUCACCCAAACUGUGGAACCAGUUCAAGGGUUGCACAAAUCUGAUGUGGUCCUUUGCUCCCUUGCAACAAUCUUGUUGACUGAUGUAAGAACCCUAUGUUCAUUUGCAAAGGAAAAAAAAAAAACACCGAAAGUGAAGUGAGCAAGGGAGCCAGGCCCACUCUUCAAAUCAUGUAGCUGCUCUGAAAGGCAACCUAAGAUUCCAAAAUAUAGAAGAAACUUUGUUUUGGAAAAAGGAGCACAGACCCUAAAAAUCUGACAUUUUCUCUUGUGACACAUAAGGAAGCAUAACUCAUGAGAGGGAUCCACAGUAUACAGAUGAUUA